GCGGCCGGCCGCGGAGCGCGGGGGCGGGGUCCGGACCCCUCCGCGCUCCCCCGACGACGCAUGGCCCGCGCGGCCCCGCGCCCCGGCCCCCGCGCCCAAGACCGCAGCCCGGGACCCGGACCCCCACUCGAAACUGGAGCGGGACCUCGACCCGAGCCCAAACCCGGACCCCGACCCAAAGCCCACGCCCAGGACCGCAGCCCGGGACCCAGACCCCGACUUGGAAUCAGACCCAGAACCAGACCCGGGCCAGGAUCGGGGUCCCGACCCGGACCCCCACCCGAACUGGAGCCGGCACCAACCUCGCCCUCCGCGAACCGCCGCGUCCCGCCCCACCGCCCGCGCAGCCCCACGCCCCGCGCUGGCCGCCGCCUGGUCCCCAAGGGCCACCGCGGACAAAGGGGGUCCUGUGGCAGGAGAAGCAAGCUGACCAGGACUGGCAUGGAGCUUGUGGAGAGGACACAGCUGUCAUCCACCUCCUCAGAUGGCACAGGCAGAGGAGAAAAACAAAAACAAGGAAUUUCUCGAGAUUCAGCUUCUUCCCCCAAAAUGGACAGAUACAGAAUGGCAAGACAGUUGACAGACAAGGCAAUCAAAGAGAAGAAGAUCUUCGCCAUCUGCGGACACUACCCAGUGAUCCGGGCCACUCUUCGGAGGAAGGGCUGGGUGGAGAAGAAGUCCCACUUCCUUUCCAAGGUCCCAGGUCUCGAGGAUGCAGACGUGGGGAUCACUGACAAUAAACAUGUCGAGGUCCAAGAAGAUCAGGAAGUGGCUCCAGGGAAAGCAGAGGACAUUCACGAUGUGAUGUCUAGGUUGGUAAAGAACGAGACACCGUACCUCCUCUGGACUGUCAAAAGGGACAUGGUCGACUAUCACAACCUGAGCUCUGACCAGAUGCUGAACCACUAUGGGAAGACAUCGUCCUUCACCACCAAAAUCGGGCUGUGCGUCAACAUGAGGAGCCUGCCAUGGUUCGUCCAGGCGAACCCCGAUGCCUUCUUCCCGCGGUGCUACAGCCUCUGUGCGGAGAGUGAGAAGCAGGAGUUUGUGGAUGAUUUCCGGCGCACCAUGGCCUCCAGCAUCCUCAAGUGGGUCGUCAGCCACCACAGCUGCCCCAAAAGCAAGACCAGGAGCCACAAGGAGGAGGCCAGGCCUGGUGAAGAGGGCGGCAAGACAGAUCCUGAGGGUGCUGGAGAGAAGCGCAAGGGUCUCUCGGGACAGCUGGUGGACGUGGCCUGCCGUGUGUGUCAGGCCUACCUGGGGCAGCGGGAGCACGAGGACAUCGAUGGGCUGGUGAGCAGCGCGGAGGGCCUGUCCGAGGCCGAGUGGAGCAUCCUGACCCAGCAGUACUACGCCCUGGUCCGCGGCGAUGCUUUCAUCUCCAGUUCAAGAAAUUACUUUUCGCAGUGCCAGGCUUUGCUGAGUAAAAUGAAGUCUGUGAACCCCCAGACGGAGAUUGAUGGGCUGCGGAACAUCUGGAUUAUAAAGCCUGCGGCCAAGUCCCGGGGCCGAGACAUCGUGUGCAUGGACCGUGUGGAAGACAUCCUGGCGCUGGUGGCUGCUGACCGCCCACCCUCCCGGGACAACAGGUGGGUGGUGCAGAAGUACAUUGAGACGCCGCUACUGAUAUACGACACCAAGUUCGACAUCAGGCAGUGGUUCCUGGUCACUGACUGGAACCCCUUGACCAUCUGGUUCUACAAGGAGAGCUACCUGCGCUUCUCCACACAGCGCUUCUCCCUGGACAGGCUGGACAGCGCCAUCCACUUGUGCAACAAUGCCAUCCAGAAGCACCUCCAGAACGACAAGGGGCGCAGCCCGCUGCUGCCCGGCCACAACAUGUGGAGCAGUGCACGGUUCCAGGAGUACCUGCAGGGCCGGGGCCGCGGGGCCGUGUGGGGCAGCCUCAUCUACCCGUCCAUGAAGAGGGCUGUCACCCACGCCAUGAAGGUGGCCCAGGCCCACGUGGAGCCGCGCAGGAACAGCUUUGAGCUCUACGGCGCUGACUUCGUGCUGGGCCGAGACUUCAAGCCCUGGCUGAUCGAGAUCAACUCCAGCCCCACCAUGCACCCGUCCACGCCCGUCACAGCCCAGCUGUGCACCCAGGUGCAGGAGGACACCAUCAAGGUUGUGGUGGACCGCAAGCUCGACCGCACCUGCGACAUCGGCAACUUCGAGCUGCUGUGGCGGCAGCCUGCCGUGGAGCUGCCACCUUUCAGCGUGUCCGACCUCUGCGUGGAAGGUGUCGGCAUGAGGAGGGCCAAGAGGCAGAUGCCGCCCAUUCCCACCGUCAACAUCCUGGCGUCGCUCCCGGAGGCUCAGGUGCUUAAAGUGCCACACCCCUCGGCCGUGCUGGACCUGGCAGGCGGACCCCCUCGAAUGCUCGUGCCACAGGACAGGACCCUGGUGGACAGGAAGGAGCCUGUGCCCCCGUGGCCCACCAUGGCUGAGAGGGGCUGUGGAGCGAGACGGGGCCAUGCUGAGCCCGAUGGGAGGCCAGCACACCCUGCCUGCAGCUGGCAGCACAUGGACUCUGUGAACCUGAGGAGAAUCCUGGCCAAUGCCCAGCCGGCCCGACAACUGGACCUGAACCCACCCCAGGUGCAGCCCCUGGUGCCUGUGCCACGGAGCCUGAGGAUGGUGACUGGCACGCUGAAUGGGCUGCCCGCAGCACCAGGCCCCACAAGCAAUCCCACCCAGUGCCUUGUGUGUCGCCGCUCACCUGCAAGCAUGAGGCCCUGCAAGCGCUGCAGCUCCUUCUCCGCCGCCAUCCUGCAGGGCUCCUGCUUUGUGCGGCUCGAGACUCCCUGAGGAGGACCGUGGCGGGAACGCAAACAGCCCUCGGCCCUGGCCCUCGGCAGCUGCUCCUGGACUCAGGCCCUGUACCCAGAGCUAUUUUAGAGAAAUUGCAGUCUCCA